AAAUAUUUUAUAUAUACGAUGUUCGAAUUGCGAUACUAACUUUAUCGAAUUACUUAGAGUAAAACGAGCACCAAGUGAUUUAAUAGCAUAUACACAAUUUUCAAAUAAAUGUCCUGAAGUAAAACAAAUAUGCGCCGAAGAAUCAAAUGAUAAACUUCCAAAAGAGAUUCAAAUAUUUGAAUGUUUUGUAAGAGAUCCAAGUAAAGUUGCUGGGCUGAGUAUAAAUUGUCAGUAUGCGGUUACAAAGUUCGCCGAUGCCUAUUUUAGUAUAAAUAGUCUUGAAGCUACAUUUAAACAAUUAAAAUGUGUUACAAGUCUUGAUAAUCAAAUAUGUUUUAAAGAUACAGAGAAAUAUCUUAGAUGUUUACUUGAAAAAAAUUUAAAAAAUGCUUGUAAUGUUCACAUAUCAACAUUACAAAAAGUUUGGAGCCAAAUUGAAUAUAUUCAAAGUGGAUUUGUAACUGAUUGCAAAAAUGAUAUCGAAAAAUUAUCAUGUACUGAUGGAAGUAUUCUCGAAUGUUUAAAAGUUCAUCUAAAUUCACUUAAUGGAAAUUGUAAUUUACGUGUGACGUCAUUAAUUAAUGAUCAAUUAAAGAGAAAUAAAGCUGAUCAACUAUUAAUGGAAGCUUGUCGACCAGAAUAUGAAAAUUUAUGUCAAAAUCAAUAUCCUGAAAAUGAAUUACUAACAUGUUUGAUGCUUAAACCACAAUUUAGGAUUUCGUCAAGAUGUCUUGAAGAAUUUAAUCGACAAAAUCCGAGUGGAAUUAGUUUAAAUAAUAAAAAUGGAAGGGCGUUAGCAAGAGCAUGUAAAAAUGAUAUCAAAAAUUAUCACUGUCGAAAAGGUGUUUCCGAUGAUAAGGACAUUCGAUGGGCACAAAUUGUAUUAUGUUUAGAAGGAGCAAUUCGUAACCGAUCUGUUGUGGAGCCUCAAUGUCAAGCGGAAAUUAUUAAUCAUAGAAAAAUGUUAUUAAAAGAUUAUCGUUUGUCACCUGAAAUAGUUGACAAGUGUGCAAACGAUAUAUCCGCAUUUUGUAAUGGACUUGAAACUAAUGGAAUAACAAUUCAUUGUUUAAUGGAACAUUCUCGUCCGAAACGUAAAAAACGUGUUUCAUAUGAAUGUGCAAGAGCGCUCGAAGAUCUUGUAAAACAAAGUGAUGCAGGCGAAGAUUGGCGUGUAGAUCCGGUAUUGCAUGAAGCAUGCAAUUCUGUAGUCGACGUUGCCUGUAAAGACAUACAAAGUGGUAAUGCACGUGUAAUGACCUGUUUAAUGGAUAAAAUUGGUUCAAAUUAUAUGAACGAAGCAUGUGAAAAUGCACUAAUACAAAUACAAUACUUUGUUGCCCGUGAUUUUAAAUUAGAUCCUCAAUUAUAUCAAAAUUGUCGUGAUGAUGCUGUUAAAUAUUGUCAUGCUUCACAAACAUGGGAAGAUUUUGGUGAAGAACAAGCACCAGAAACCGCACCAUUGGUCUUGCCAUGUUUAUAUAGAUACGCUGAUCACCCUAAUAAAACAAUGCAAUUAUCGCAACAAUGUUUACAAGAAAUUCGUCGAGUAAUGCAUCAACGAGCAAUCAGUGUUGAUUUACAACCAGAAAUUGAAAUAAGUUGUUUACAUGAUUUAUCUGUGCAAUGUACAGAUAAAACCGCUAAAGGAGAAGAAAUUCUAUGUUUACAAAAUAAUUUAGAACAUCUUGAACCCGAUUGUCGGAAAGUUGUAUCAGAGAUAACUGAACGUCAAGCAAAAAAUGUCAUGUUUAAUCCUAUAUUAAAUAAAGCAUGCGCACGAGCAAUGCAAGAUUUUUGUUCAGAUGUUUUAGCUAAUAAAGAUGAGGGUGACGUUAUGGAAUGUUUAAUAGCACAUAAAAAUUAUCCAAAAAUGCGAGCAGAUGUUAAGUGUCGUGCAGCUGUUGAACAUUUUCAAUUAAUUUCACUCAAAGAUUAUCAUUUUACAUUUAAAUUUAAAGAAGCAUGUAAACCGUAUGUGACAAAUUAUUGUCCGAAUGCGCGUCAAAAAUCUGAUUUGAUUGAAUGUUUGAGUGAACGAGUUUUAAAUGAUACUCUUUCGGGCACAUGGAAUAGUAUUCGAAAAGAAUGUCGUCAACAAUUAAGAGCGCAGUUAUUUCAACAACGUGAAAAUAUUGAUUUUGAUCCAAAAUUAGAACAUGUUUGUGAAAAAGAUAUUAAAACGUUUUGUCCGAAUAUUGAGCAUGGUGGUGGACGGGUUUUGGAAUGUUUAAAAAUUCGAACGGAUAACUUAUCACCACAGUGUCAUAAAGCAAUAUUUAAAAUCAAGAAGAAAGAAAUGAUAGACAAUGGCAUAGAUUACACACUAAUGACAGGAUGCAGCACAAUGAUUCAAUUUUAUUGCGCGAAAUCUGAUUAUACAAACGUUCUAGAAUGCUUAAAAACAUACCGAAAUGAGAUAAAAUUCGAUGAAAAAUGUAAACAUAUUGUAAUUGAACGUAUGAUUGAACAGAAUAAAGAUUUUCGUUUAAAUCCAAUGUUGCAAAAAGCUUGUCAACAUGAUAUUACCGCUUACUGUGGCGAUAUCAUUGAUAAAAUUAGUAACGAAAAAGAAUUAAAUGGUAAAAUGAUAAAAUGUUUAAAAGUGAAAUUCCGUGAAGCAAAAUUAAAGCCACGAUGUGAAAUUCAAAUGACAAGUAUUUUACGUGAUCAGGCAUUAAAUUAUAAUUUGAAUCCAUUAUUACGAACAGUAUGUGCUAAAGAAAUUGAAGCUUUAUGUAAAACUUUUACCGAAGAAGAGAAUACUGGCAAAGUUGAGGAAUGUUUAAAACAAGCGCUUAUACGCAAACAAAUAUAUAAUGGAGAAUGUAAGAAUGAAGUUGCAUCAAUGAUUGAAGAAUCCAGACCGGAUAUUCGUGUUGAUCCACUUUUACAGCGAGCUUGUAGUUUAGAUUUAAUGAAAUAUUGCCGCAAUAUUGAAGCUGGUAAUGGAAGACAUUUAAAAUGUUUACGAUUAGCAUCAGAAAAUCCAGAAACUCCAUUAACGGAUGAAUGUAAACAAAAAUUAUUAAGCCGAAUUCAAAUGUUUGAAAGUGCUGAUAAGAUUCUACCACCAGAGGGACUUCACGAUUUAUAUAAUCAAGUAUCGUCAUCUCCGUCAAGACGUUACUUUGUAAUGGUUGCAAUCACAAUUAUUGGUGUAAUAUUUAUAACAGGUUUAUUCUGUGGCCGGAUAACCAAACGUGCAAUGGCUAUGAAAAAUAAGUAACAUUUAUUGAAGUAUAAAGUGCACUUUCUACAAAAAUUGUCUAAAAAAUCCCAAAAUACUUGCCCAAAAUUGAGUUAAUAACCAAUAUAAUGAUCUGUAUUGCGGAGUAAGUUUUUUUUUUUUUUAACUU